AUGGAUCAUUUUCAAGAGCAGAACAUUUCAACUGUUCAAGCAGGUCAUGAUAUGCGUCAAGUUGCGGGCGUAAGACGUUAUCGGUCCAAGUCGCAAAGACCGUGCGAUCUGUGCCGUGCUCGCAAGGUGCUCUGCAACAUCCCUGAUCCGACGCGACCUUGCCAGUUGUGUGAACGUACAGGACGUCACUGCACAUUCGUGGGGAAUCCCAACAAAAAGCAAAGGGAAAAUGGUAUCGCAAGACAUACCUCGGUACCCACAAACCCUUCCUUUGACCGAGUUCACGUGGAACCGUCACGUCUCCCCCCCACACCCCACAUCCCUGUACUGCAUUCUUCAGAGCAUGAUCGAGAUUCUGUCGGAGUUGGGUUGACCCCUCUGAUGUCCCAUGAUAUCUUCUCAGCCGGAGCUGAUAUCAACUGGAACUUAUCCCUAGACCAAGAUGGAGUUGAUGACGGCCAAACAUUUGACUUCUUCGCUGAUGGAGAAUUACCCAAUUUGGAACCCAUAGAGGACCAGACACCGCCAGACAUAUAUCGUGACAGUGGCGUGAACAUAACCUCAACCGAACCCCCAGACGGCCUGACAAAUGUCUUUGAGAGGUUAUCCUUUGACCAAAGGCCAAACUAUUCGACAUCUCUCAUUGGCUACUCCAACGAGUCUGAUCCGUUCUCUCUUAAUCACUUCCCCUACGCUAGCACCAGCGAGGUAGAUUUCUUUCGCGUUACGUAUCGCAAGCAACAACAUUUACAAGAUGAAACCCACGGCCAGAUUCAUAACCCGGUUCACUUCCUGCAAAGCCAUACAGAAACCUCUGCCAAAGGACAAAAUAUCGUACAAAAGUUUCUCCAAGACCUGGACACUUUUGUAGCCGAAUCAUCCACCGGCCUCCUUGCUGGUAUCUACGCCCUUGCGUUGCCAUUCACACCUUGGGACGAGAAACUCUGUCUCGACAGCGCCUACUCUAAACCCGAUAUCAACGAUCUGUGGCAGGUAUCGUACACCUGCUUACAAAAGGAACUACACUUUCCUCAUCUCUCAACCAUUCAGACAUAUCUCCUACUCCUUAAUCACACACCCUUCGACGCCGUCUGUGUAGAAAACCCCUUCGUGUGGUCGUUGGCUGCUUCCAUGUUAGCUAUGGCACAGUCUCUAGGCUUGAACGUCGACCCGACAGGAUGGAAAUUGCCAGCAUGGGAAGUCCGUCUGCGAAGAAGAUUGUGGUGGGCUGUGUACGUAGAGUACACCUGGCGGUCAGUGACUCAUGGCCGUGCGUCAAUGAUCUCUGAUGAAGAUUGGGACGUAUUGCCUUUGAAGCCAGAGGACUUUGUGGUUGAGUUGGCGGCCGAUGUACCGGAGCAUAUCAAAGACAGGUCUUCUGACUACUUUAUCCAUUUCUGCUCACUGACUGAAAUUGCUAGUCAGGUUUGUCGGAAAUUCUUUUCUCUCCGUGCUGUUUCUCGUCCACAAAUCCUUGAUUCGCUCUUAGAUCAUGCUCGUGGCCCUCGCCAACAGCUUCUUCAAUGGCUCGAGCAGCUACCAGAGUCCUUGUCUCUCAGACCCGAGUCAAGUGAUGGUGACACAGACGACUCUGUCAAGAGCCACAGGUCCCUUUACGUUGCAUACUACACCACACACAUCCUCAUUCUGCGUGCCCUCUUACGACCUAUAAUUGACAAGAAUACAAAGCUGGAUCAUGUCCAGACGUCAGUGGAAACAGUACUACAAGCAUGUCGCGGGCUCAUCCAGACCGUAAUCAAGUUUAUUCGCGGGUUAGAUGCGAGACACCAGUCAGCGUUUUGGCCUGCAUUUACGCGCAAUUGCCUAGCCUAUCCUGGGCUAUUCUGCUACAUGCUGUGUCUGCAAAAUAGACAACCGGAGAUGUCGUCGUAUGAUCAGAACCUUCUUGCGACGUGGAGGAAAACCCUGCGUACCAGGAUGCAGUCAUGGCCUUUUCUGCGUUUUGCUAUCGUUAAGGUUGACGCUAUAUAUUGGAAGAAGCUCUGCUAG